CGUUAAAAUUAUUCCCAUAGUCUUUCCUACAACAUGUUCCGCUUCAUAGUCUUAUUCGCUUUAAUCGGUUGUGCCUUCGCUGCCUCUAUACCCGAAGAAUUGGAUGGUCGCAUAGUAAAUGGUGUUGAUACCACUAUACAGGCUCAUCCCUAUCAGGUGUCUUUGCAAACCAAUAGUGGUUUCCAUUUCUGUGGCGCUUCCAUCAUCAGCGAGGACAUUAUUGUAACAGCCGCCCAUUGUAUGCAAAAAUACAAAGCUCAUGAGUUUAAAGUACGUCUUGGUUCUACUGCUUACAAUACUGGAGGUGAAUUGGUUGCUGUCAAGUCAUUCCGCAGUCAUGAAGGUUACAAUCCCAAAACUAAAGAGUACGAUGUAGCUGUCAUUAAAAUGGCCACGCCUGUACGUGAAUCCUCCAAAAUCCGUUAUAUUAAAUUAGCCGACAAGACACCUGCUACUGGCACUACGGCUGUUGUUACUGGUUGGGGUUCCAAAUGUUUCCUGCUAUGCACUAAAGCUCCUACCGUUUUACAAGAAGUCGAAGUUGAUAUUGUGGAUAGAAAUGUUUGUGCUUCCAGUGAAUAUAAAUAUGGUGAUCAAAUCAAGGAAACUAUGUUGUGUGCUUAUGCUCUCAAAAAGGAUGCUUGCCAAGGUGAUUCUGGUGGCCCAUUGGUGGCUCAAAAUAAAUUGGUUGGUGUGGUUUCCUGGGGUAAUGGUUGUGGACGUAUUGCUUAUCCUGGUGUUUACUGUGAUGUUGCCUCUGUACGCAGCUGGAUCGAAAAGACCGCUAGAGAUUUAUAAAUUUCUUGAUGAUUUUGUGUUUUAAAUAAAUUUACUUUAAUGUCCAGAAUUAAAA